UCAGUCUUGCACAUGUGUACCGUCUCCUCCCCUUCAGUCUUGCACAGGUGUACUGGCUCCUCCCCUUCAGUCUUGCACAGGUGUACCAGCUCCUCCCCUUCAUUCUUGCACAUGUGUACUGGCUCCUCCCCUUCAGUCUUGCACAUGUGUACCGGCUCCUCCCCUUCAGUCUUGCACAGGUGUACCAGCUCCUCCCCUUCUGUCUUGCACAGGUGUACUGGCUCCUCCCCUUCAGUCUUGAACAGGUGUACCGGCUCCUCCCCUUCAGUCUUGCACAGGUGUACCGGCUCCUCCCCUUCAGUCUUGCACAUGUGUACAGGCUCCUCCCCUUCAGUCUUGCACAGGUGUACCGGCUCCUCCCCUUCAGUCUUGCACAGGUGU